AUGGCGAAUGCCACAAAUUCAACCGUGGCGUCCGCCGUACUCUCUCCCUCUGAUACGGCGAUGCUGGAAGCCUUCAUCCCCGGCUAUCCAUUCAUUUCGCGUUUCCUCGUCUCUUACCUCCACAUCGACCCAGCACAAUACGUGCCGUACUUGCUCACGGGCGUCAUCCUCAUCGCCGCAUUCAAAUACAGCUUUGGUCGACUGCGCUACUUCAUCGAGGAAUACUGUCUCUCUAAGGCGGAGAUCCGUCUCGACGACGAAAUCUACAAUUACGUGAUGUUCUGGCUGGCGCAGCAACCAUUCACGAAACGUACGAACCACUUCGUUGCCGGGACCAAGACCUCCCGCAGCGGUCGGUACUACGACUCAUCGGACGAGGAGGAUGAAUCUGACGACGAUGAAUAUGACUCCGAUGGUAAUGUCGUAGUCUCGUUCGACGAGUACUGGGCGAAAGCCAAGAACCGCGAUAAGUAUAAGCGAUUGCUCUGGACUCCCGCCGAAGGCACGCAUUAUUUCUGGUUCCGUGGACGACUGCUGGCGUUUAUGCGCGUGCGUGACGACAAUAAUAAUAAUAAUUCGAGUUGGUAUUCGCGACUGGUGGCCGAACGGCUGUACUUGAAGUGUUUGGGACGGGAUCCCACCAUCCUAAAGGAGUUGUUGUGCGAGGCGCAGCGAGCCUACGUGGCUAAGAACUUGAAUAGCACAUUGAUCUACCGUGGUCAAAAGUCCCCUGGCGAGUAUGUGGAAUGGGAACGGUGUAUGGCGAAGGCGCCACGGCCGCUGUCGACGGUGGUUCUGGCGGAGGAGCGCAAGCAGGAGUUUAUCGACGAUAUCAAGGAGUAUUUGCAUCCGCGCACGCGACGAUGGUAUUCGAAUCGAGGGAUCCCGUACCGGCGGGGAUAUCUCUUCCAUGGACCCCCCGGGACAGGCAAGACGAGUUUGUGUUUUGCGGCGUCUGGCGUGCUGGGGUUGGGGCUGUAUCUACUGAACUUGAGCUCGAAGAGCUUCGACGAGGAUGACUUGAUGUCUUUAUUCCAUGAUCUCCCACGGCGGUGCAUUGUGCUCUUGGAAGAUGUGGAUUGUGCGGGAAUCACGCAGAACCGAGACUCCAAGGACAGCAGUGAACCCGACAAAACGAAGCACGCUGCAGACCCGAAUUCUGCGUCCGAGACGGGAACUUCCAACAAGCACGGUGUGUCUCUGUCGGGGCUGCUGAAUGUUAUUGAUGGUGUGGCAGCCAGUGAGGGUCGUAUCCUAGUGAUGACUACGAACCACCCGGAGAAGCUGGAUUCGGCACUGCUUCGCCCCGGACGCGUGGAUAUGUCCGUUGAAUUCAGGUACGCUGAGCCGAACGACAUCCAAGAUCUCUUUUCGGCCAUCUAUUCCUCACUUGAGGGAGAAGUGCGGUUGCCGAAGGGAGAGGCGAAUGAGAAGAAGCAGAAAGGGCUAGAGUCUAGCCGGAUGCCAUGGAAUCAGUUCUCACGCGAGCGAGUUCAGGAGCUAGCUUCGGAGUUUGCAUCGUGCGUACCGGCGGGGGAAUUCACGGCGGCUGAAAUUCAGGGCUUUCUUUUGAACCACAAGGCUGACCCUGAAGCUGCUAUCAGAGGAGCGGACGAGUGGGUGCAGAAUACUCGAUCCAAGCGCCAGGAGAAGGAGAAUCCAUUGGCAGCGUCGAGUGUGUAG